GCAACACUUGUUCUGCUGCGCAGCUACACUUGCAAUCCAGCUUUGGAAUUCCCGCCAUUUUCGUGUUCAGCAAAGAUGUCUGCCAUGUUUUCAACGAUUUAUCAAGCUCCGACUGAGUACGCCAAGCACCAGAAUGGUUUUUUGAAAUAAAUAACGUUUUUGGACGAAUGAAGAAGAAUCGAAUCCAACUGUUUUGCAAUUAUCUCUCUGAUCGCAUUUUAGUAAACACGGGAUGAGAAAUUGACUUGCCGUUAGGUUGGAGUUUCUGAAUACCAACCCACCCAAAAGAGUGUUGUUUGGUUGAUUGUUAUAACUCACAAUAUCUAUCAAGGACGAGGAAAUAAUUUCUGGAAGUUUAUUUUAUUUUUGCAUAGAUAAAAAAGACUUGAAAUGUCAGACAGAAGAUCUGCAAAGAAAUCUAAAUCCAAAGAACUCACUGAGCAACUCUCCAAAGAUGAACUCCUCAGGAGGCUCAAGUCUAUCAUGGAAGAGCUUGCCAAUGUCGAUCAAGAGGAGAACGUAGAAAACUAUGAUGAGUUAGCAGCAGUUCUUGUGGCUUCAUUUUUAGUCAAUCACAAAGAUAAAGACGUCAGAGUUUGCCUUGCCUGCUGCUAUGCAGAUAUUCUUCGAAUAUAUGUGCCUGAACCACCAUAUAAUUAUGAGCAGCUCAAGGUGAUUUUUGACCUUAUCCUUAACCAGCUAAAGAUAAUUGAAAACCCAGAAAGUGCACUCUUCAAAAAGGCAUAUUAUCUCCUUGAGAGUCUGGCAAUUGUAAAAACCUUCAAUGUAUGUUGUGAAAUGGAUGCUCAAGACCUGGUUGUUCGCCUCUUUAAAACAUUUCUCAAAAUUGUGAAUGAAAAGCAAAAUGCGAGAGUUAAAGGCUUUAUGCUGGAUGUAAUGUCAUCUGUCAUUCAAGACAGUGAAUCAUUAUCUCAAGAUAUACUGGAUGUGAUUUUGAUCAACUUGGUGAACCCAGUGAAGUCAUCAAGGCCUUCCUCUUACAAACUGGCAUCAAAUUUGAUUGAAAGAUGCAGUACUUCAUUGGAACCUUAUCUUCAAGUGUUUUUCAAUGAUGCUCUAGUCCUUGGAAAAGAAACAGAAAGUGACAUGAACAAGCAUAUGUACGACCUUAUUUUGGAGCUGAACAGAAUCAGCAAAACAAUUCUCCUUUCAAUCUUACCACAACUUGAAUUCAAACUGAAGAGCGUCGAAGAAGAUGAGCGCCUUGAAGUCGUCAAAGUUUUAGGAACAAUGUUUUCUGAAGAAGAUUCAGACCUUUCAAAUAUGAACAAACCUCUAUGGAAAAGUUUUCUCGACAGAUUUAUAGAUAUCAGCACUGAUGUUCGUGUUGAAUGUUUACAAAGUGGAAAGCAGCUUCUUGUAUCUAAACCUGACUUGAUGAAUGACGUUGCAGAUCGUAUUCUGGAGCGAUUUCACGACACUGAAGAAAAAGUGCGGCUACAGGCUGUCAUUUCUGUUUGUGAAGCAGCAGCAGAACGAAUUGACUCCGUUCCCGAGAAACUGAUGUCUGCUGUAAAAGAACGGAUGCGGGAUAAAAAGUGGCCUGUGAGAAGAGCAGCCUUGACUUGCACUGCCAAACUUUAUAAAGGAAUAACAAUCAGUGAAACGCCAGAUCCGGAUGCAAUCAAGAGGGUUUCUUGGGUUCCGGACAAAAUUUUGCAUUUAUACUACCAAAAUUCAAUAGAAGACAAGUUGUGCGUAGAAAGGAUUGUUCACGGCUGCCUCGUUCCAGUCAGCCUCGAAACCAAAGAAAGGAUGGAUGUUUUAUUGAACCUUUAUUCAUCAUUAGAGGAUUAUGCUCUAAAAGCGUUCGAUUUCUUGCUCAAACAUCGAUCUUCGAUGAACUGUGAAUUCAGAAAGCUGCUUGAACUCCAUGAAAAUGAUGAAAAUGGAAAAGAAAAGUUAAUGUUUACAAAGAUACUCAUUUUGGCUCGCUCCUUACCUGAACCUUUCAAGGCACAAGAAAAUCUGAAGAAGUUUGUGAUGAUGUUUAAAGAUAACUCGCUUUUUAAUUUACUCAAAACGUCCACUGAUGUUCAGCAAGGCUGCGAUAGGAUAAAAAAGGCAGUGUCAGAAAUUGUAAUGAAAAUCUCUGCCAAGAAUCCAAUUAUAGAAACCGUGAAGGCGUUACUGGACCGUAGCUCCCCUAUGCUGAUUGAUGCUCAUAGCAUCAAGGCUUUGUUUCAAUCCGUGAAGAAAUCUGUCGAAGGAAUGGAUGAUAACGAUGAUGAAGAAAAUGACGAUGAAAUGUGUGGUGAUGAAAUAGUUUUGAGCAAGAGAGCAAAGCGUGGUCUCUUGCUUUUGCAGUCGCUAUCAACUGUGAUGCCAGUGAUCUUCAAGACGAAGGAAUGCUUCGAAGAAUUAUUGCAGCUGAUCAAGCACCAAGAUGAUUUUGUAGUGGAGACUGGUGUAAAAAUAUUGUUCAAUGUUGGCGAUGAUCUUGAGUCGUUCGACCGAAGCCUCUGCUCAUGCUUUCAACCUGUGCUAAGCAAACUCGCUGUCUCUGGAACACGGAAACAAGCCAUUUAUUCUAUUCGUUGCCUUUCAAAGACGCUGAAGGAUUCAUCUGUGGUGAUGGAUCGACUUCUAUCCGCUUUACUAAAGGUCUUGGAUUAUAAUGCAGAAAACCUUAUGACCACAUUGGCCUCUCUCGGUGAAGUCGCCACUUUGGCUCCGAACAUUUUCGAAAGCAAGCACAAGGAAGUUAUUAUCCAGUUCGUUGUAAAGGACCUCAUCAUCGUGGAUAGGGAAAGUGCCACCAGUUCACAAGAAAGUGACGACGAAUGGGGAGAUGAAGAAGAAAUUUCAAAUGAGACUCAACUUAAGAUUCAAGGUAUUAAGCUAAUGGUGAAAUGGCUUCUUGGUCUUCAGUCAAACUUUUCCAAGGCAGCCACUCCUGUUUUUCGACUGCUGAACACCAUACUCGAGAAUGAUGGUGACGUCAAUGAACAAGGACUGCUCAGAAACAAAGACAAGUCGAGAAUGCGGCUGGCUGCUGCCAAUGGCAUCUUAAAACUUGUUGAAAAUGUCCAUUAUGCUGACGUCAUUUCUGUUAAACAGUUCUUACGGAUUGCCUGGACGGUUCAGGAUUCGUGUUAUGAAGUGCGUCAGAAAUUUUCAGUCAAGCUUCACAAGGCCCUUGAAGUACUGAAGCUGCCUUUAGACUAUCUCGCAUUUUUCAUGCUUUCUGCUGUCGACCCAUCCAAGGAUCGAAGGAAUCAGGCACGCCAAAUGAUUGCAAAGAAUGCACAGACACGUAGAGAUUACAUCAAGCAAAACCCCAACGUUGCCAGUCGGCCCUAUACGAUUCUGCCAGAGUACGCACUUCCUUAUGUCAUAUAUCUGAUGGCGCAUAACCCCGAUUUCGAUCCGAAAAAAGGAGAUUCUUUGUCCGAAGCAAAAGAAUACUUGUGGUUUUUCCUUGAACCUCUUCUCGGCUCGAAAGCAGAAAAUUCAAGCUUCUUGAAGAAGCUAGCUGAAAACAUCAAACAGGUUCAAGAUGCCGAGGACCCGGACAAUGAUGUUUCAAAUGAGAAAUUAUACGUCAUUUGUGAUAUUGUCAUUUGGCUUUUAACCAACAAGAUUCACACACUAGUUCUAAAGGAUUUUCCUGGUAAUCCCGUGCUUCCUAAAAAGUUAUUCCAUGCCGCAAAGAAGCCAGCAAAGCCAAAUACGAAGAACUAUCUUCCUGCAAGUUUCCACCUUCCGCCCAAACCUAAAAAACCUGGUGUCAUUGAAAUGAAGCCGGUUCCCACGAAGGUUUCUUCGUCGAAAAGAUCCACAAGAGUACGACUAAAAGGGGACGAAUUCAAAGUUUUGAUGAGCAAAGUGGUUGAAGAAAAACAGGAUGAGAAGGACUGCCUGACUGUGGAAGACAACGUAGACGACAGUUCUGCAGAAGAGAACAUUUCAGAGGAACCAGGCUUGGACGAUGCGGUCAUUUCAACGAACAAAGUUGACGAAAGCAACGAGCAGGAAACGGUUGAAGUCCAAAUAAAGGCGAAAGGGAAGAAGUCAGAUUUAGAGGAUGAUGGUAAGUUAGAAGACAAAAUUGCAGAUCAUUCGGAUGCAAGUUCCCUGAUGGCAGAGUCUGUGGAGGAGCUUGCUGAAGAGGUAGCAGAUGUUUUGGAGAAAGAAACGAGAAAUCUACGAUUGGCUGGUAAUAAACGAAGCAAGGUAGUACCCGAGGAAACGCCCGCUGUUUCUUCAAGAAAACGAAUGAGCCAAAAGAAGAUUGAGCGAACUCAGUCCACUGACAAUGACGGAAGUUUCGAGGAAGAAGUAGAAAAAGAACAGGAAAAAGAAGCAAGAGAACCGAAAAUAGUCCCUGAAGAGAGGCCAUCUGAAGGGAUGAGUGUAAAAAGGAAAAGACGCAAAAAGUGAGCAGCUAAAUUCCUCCGUCGCUAAAACGAAGCAGACAAUAAUCUAAAUAUAUUUGGAUGAGCCUAAAAUAUGAACUUUUUCAGGCGAAUACAUGAUGAACACAUAUUUUUAAGUGUUUCUUUAAAGAUAAAGAACGUUUGAUAUGUACAGUUAUUAAAGAGACCUUUAUUUUAUACUUUGAUACAAAAAUAUUGUGCAUUUUAAUAACUAUUUCUCGUAAAAUCCCUAUAGAUCCUAGUACGUUUGCUACAAUUUACAGUUCUAGGUUGAUGUCAACUUCUACUAAAAAACAAUAACAAAAACGUCUCAGUUAGGUAGCAGUUCCUGUCCAACUUUUUCUGGGGCGUUCCAAAAUUAUGACAGAUUUUUUAACUUCCCUUUACUUAAUACUAGAGAUAUCAAGUUAAAUGUUCUCUCAAUGAAAAGCGUGGACAACAACAGCUGAACCCUCCUUACUCCUUACUUCAUUGUUCGUAAGUUGUAACGUUAUUUUGCUUUCAGUUAUUUUCAUGUAGUCUUUAGUAUGUUAACUUGUUGUAACUAAUCCAUUUGAAACUAGUGUCAAUGUUUUGAAACCAUGUGACUCUUAGUAUCACCGUUCGAUGCAGUUGUUCCUGUGUAUUUUAGCGUUUGAUGUUUCCAUGAAUCGUUCUGAGAUUUA